GUGGGCCUCCUCCCUCCUCCCCUCCCGGUACCGUCGGGGGGUUGACGUCGCCGCGACCGUGACGCGGAGCGGUGGGCGGAUGGGAGUUAGUUAGAGGGGAGAGCCGUCGCUCGCCUCUACCUCCACCCCCAGAUUCGCAUUUUAUUUUCUUGACUCGCCCGUCCAUGUCACGCUCUCCUCGCCUCCUUCUCCCAUCCGUUUCGCCUCCCUCCUCUUCCUCGCCGGAGCACUUCCCCGCGCCUCUCCGGCCUUCUCCGGCCGACAAGCAGUACGAAUAGCCGCGGAGACCGGACACGCGGCGUGGCUGGAAGUUCUUGCGGUUCAUAUAGCAUCCCACACACGCGCAGUUCCAGCCCCGUCCGUGCUCUGCUGAAUCCAAGGUCGCGGGCGUGUACCUCUCCUUCCCUGAGGCACAAGGGUCGUCCACCUUCGGAUGCACAAAAUGAGUCGUCAUCCUCCAAGGGAUCGUCAUCAUCGACUGAACAAAAUAGAUUUUCAUCAUCGGGUGGACAAAAUGGAUCUUCAUCCUCCAAUAAAGAAAUACAUGGGUUGGCUGAGUAAAGUUGUUAAAAGUUCGGUAAAUAAAGUUAUAAGAGGACAGUAUGACGGGAACUUUAGUGAAGGCUAUUCAACCCAGCACGCUACGUCACAUGAUACACAUGCCAGUGACAAUGAAGACAUAGAUCGUGCUAUUGCAUUAUCCUUAUCAGAGGAAGGACAAAGGAAGGGAAAGGCCAUUGAUACUGAUGAUCAUUUAGAAGAAGAUGAAGAGCUUGCACGGGCUCUGCAAGAAAGUCUGAAAGAUAAACAUCCUCUUCGUCAGAAAAUUCCGGCGGGGGGGGUUCACUCAGAUAGUACUCCAGCAACUAGCCUACUGCCAGAUAUCUUGCCAUCAAGUAGAUCGAGGGUUUGUGCUGGAUGUAAAACUCCACUUGGACACGGACAGUUUCUCAGUUGUAUGGAUUCUGUUUGGCACCCUCAGUGCUUCAGGUGUUUAGCUUGCAGUGAGCCAAUAUCAGACUCUGAGUUUGCAGUACAUGAAGAUCAUUCAUACCACAGUUCCUGCUACAAGGAGAACUUUCAUCCAAAAUGUGAUGUUUGCAAGAACUUUAUUCGAACAAAUAAAAAUGGUUUAAUUGAAUACCGGGCCCAUCCUUUCUGGAUGCAGAAGUAUUGUCCUUCGCAUGACAAUGACGGUACUCCUAGGUGUUGCAGUUGUGAACGAAUGGAGCCAAAGGAUAUCAAGUACAUAACAUUAGAUGAUGGCCGGAAGCUCUGCUUGGAGUGUCUAUAUACUUCAAUAAUGGACACAGACGAGUGCCAACCAGUAUACAUUGAUAUCCAGGAAUUCUAUGAGGGUUUGAACAUGAAAGUAGAGCAACAGAUCCCCUUGCUUUUGGUUGAACGUCAAGGUUUAAAUGAAGCCAGGGAAGUAGAGAAAAUGGGGCACCACCUUCCUGAAACCAGGGGUCUCUGCCUAUCGGAAGAGCAAAUUGUCAGAAUGAUAUCGAGACGACCAAUAAUUGGACCAGGAAACAAAAUGAUAGACAUUUCUACAGCACCACAGAAACUAGUUCGGCGGUGUGAAGUGACUGCAAUUCUUGUCCUAUAUGCUUUGCCAAGACUGCUCACAGGCUAUAUUCUAGCUCAUGAGAUGAUGCAUGCAUACCUUCGGCUUAAAGGAUACCGAAUCCGUAGUCCAGAGGUUGAAGAAGGCAUCUGUCAGGUCCUAGCUCAUCUCUGGCUUGAGUCUGAAAUCGUAUCAGGUUCAAGUAGUAGCAUUGCAACCACAUCUGAAGCAGCAGCUGUAGCAGCAGAAGCAGCAGCUGUAGCAGCAGAAGCAGCAGUAGCAGCAGAAGCAACAGCGACACCUUCUUCACCAUCUUCCUUGGUGAAAAAGGGUGAAAAGACUGACUUUGAGAAAAAACUUGGAGAAUUCUUCAAGCACCAGAUCGAAACAGACCCCUCUGCAAUAUAUGGAGAUGGGUUUCGAGCUGGCAUUCGAGCAGUUGAACGAUAUGGCUUGAGAGGUACCCUUGAUCAUAUCAAGCGGUCAGGUUCUUUUCCAAGUUGAGGUAGGGUUUUGCAUCUUCAGUUUGUGAGCAUGGGGCAUAUCCUAUCCUACGAGGGCUUUUUGGUUCAAAGUUAGGCAUACCAGCAUAAGAUGACAGAUAGAAGACAGAAAAAUGAGGAUUUAGUCAUCAUAUACCAUAAAUUAGAGAUAUUUCCUGUUGUGCUUUAGAUAUGAAUUUCCCAAGGUGAUAAGCAUGAGAAAUCUUUGGCAGUCUCAUUUUAUGAUUGUGUGCACAAUGUAAAUAUUCGAUAUACAAAAAGGAAGUUGAAUGUAUUUUGAUGUCUGAAAGCAAUGCCUUUCUGUA